AUGUCGAACAUGCAAUAUGAUUUCAUUAUCAAGUAUAUUAUUAUCGGAGACUCGGGCGUCGGCAAGGUACUGUCAUUAUUCAUGCGUGUUUUUGGUAGUGCUGAACAGCAAAUAUCAACAGCUGUCGGUUGUUUGUCAUGUUUACUUUUACAAUUCACUGAUAAGCGUUUCCAAUCUGUACAUGACUUGACGAUUGGUGUGGAGUUUGGAGCUCGGUUUGUCAACGUCGAGGAUAAACGCAUCAAGCUCCAAAUCUGGGAUACGGCGGGUCAAGAAUCGUUUAGGAGCAUAACGAGAAACUAUUAUCGCGGUGCCGUCGGUGCCCUUCUUGUUUAUGAUAUCACUAGGCGUGAGACGUUUGAACAUCUCUUGAUGUGGUUGGAAGAUGCGCGCCAACACUCUACGUCAAAGACAACUUACAUGCUAAUCGGAAACAAAUGUGACCUGGAAGGCAAGCGAGCCGUGAGUUAUGAAGAAGGCGAAUCAUUCGCUAGACAGCGUGGAUUAUUCUUCAUGGAGACAUCUGCAAAAACUUCGGCAAACGUUGAGGAAGCAUUUGUAAAAAUUGCGCGUGACAUCCACGAUAAGAUUAAAGCAGGAAUUAUUGACGUUAAUAAUGAGGCUAAUGGGAUCAAAGUCGGAGGCCUUAUCAAACCUCCAAACGCCGUUAAUCUGAAUCCAAAUAAUAGUGGUGACAGGUUUCAGCAAUUAAAACAAUAUAAAUCAAAUUCACAACUUCGGAUGUCGAGAGAUUUACCGAAAACCAUAGUAGACUCGUGUCAUGAACAGUAUAGAAAAAUAAUAAAAAAGACGAAAGAAGAAUGGACUGUCCUUGCGGGAAUAGUUGCUGUUUGGGACAAAGGACAAGGCGGCUAUGGAGUCCAAUGUAUUUCUCUGGGGGCGGGUCUCAAAUGUCUCCCGCAAAGCAAGCUUAGCUACAAUGGAGAAUUGGUGCACGAUAGCCAUGCCGAAAUAUUGGCUCGAAGAGCAUUCAUAAGGUUUUUGAUCAAUGAACUGAAUCUGGCAUUAACUUCCGAGUCACGAUAUUUCAGUCUAGACAAUGAACUCAACGUAUCAAAUACCGAACAGGAAGAUAGUCAUCCCUUGUUCCGACUAGCGAGUGACAGAAUCUCGUUUCAUUUGUAUGUGAGCCAGGCUCCUUGUGGUGAUGCUUCAACGCUUAGUUUGGCUCAAAUUCAGUCCCCAGAUGACGCAAAGCUAUACAAAACUGCAUAUAUUAACGUGAAACAAAAUCGGUACUUGGCCGAUAACGAGUCGGGGGCACAUUCUCAAACUGCAGCGGGAUCAAGCGUCCGUGUCGUAAAUAGCGAUGGUUUCCGUAGAGGAAGAAUUGAUUAUGAAUCAAUAGGCGUGCUAAGGACUAAACCAGGACGAGCUGAUUCUGAGCCUACGCUUUCAAUGUCAUGUAGUGACAAAAUAGCGCUAUGGAAUAUCGUAGGCCUUCAGUCUGCUUUGCUUUCAGAAUUAAUUGCGCCCAUUUAUUUGUCGUCUAUAGUCAUCGGAGAUAUGUUUGAUUAUAGUUCGCUGGCUAGAGCCUUUUAUGGGAGAUGUGAAGGAGUGCAAGGCUAUUCGUUGCAUAGGCCGAUUAUCUCGAAAACAACAAGUACCUUUGAAUGGUCGCGUAGUCAAUUGCAAUUGAGAUCGCCUGAUGGUAACGCUGUUCCCUCAAGCACAACUAUGGUUUGGGCAAAAGGCUUCACUACAGCAGAAAUCCUUGUCUCUGGCCGUAAACAAGGAGCAACAAAGGGCACGAAUGGAAAGUAUCCCUCUAAAACAAGGUAUAUAGUGGCAAAGGUUGGAUUUGUUUCUUACGGAGAAGCUCUCAUUCUAAUGUAUCCGUUCUAUUAG